CCCCUCCCCACAAGACACUGCACACAAACCCGCGACCACAAUGGACGAGUACAAGCCCCAGAAAACAAACAUCCUCCAGUCGCCGCCGCUUGAUAUCACGGCGUCGUACGAUGCUACCUGGGCUACGGACAAGGUCAUCCUCAUCACGGGCGGAGCGAGUGGAUUCGGAGCAGGCUUCGUUGAGAAGUGGGUGGCUAGCGGUGCGACGGUCAUUGUGGGCGACAUCAAUGUGUCCAAAGGCGAUGGCUUGUGUCGCCGCAUCAAUGCCCAGGCCAGUGGCAAUGCAAAAGCACACUUUGUGCAUUGCGACGUAACCGACUGGCAGUCUCAAGUCAAUCUAUUCAAGGAGGCGGUCAGACUGAGCCCCCACGGCGGCAUCGACUGUGUGGUUGCCAACGCAGGCAUUGCCGGCCGCGACAUACUCCAGGAAGGCUCUGGCCUGGACGCUGCUCAACCACCCCCACCCAAAUUCAACAUUAUCGACGUCAACCUCACCGGCGUGCUCUAUACGACGCACCUGGCCUACUUCUGGCUGCCCAGGAAUCCGGGCUCUUCGCCCUGUAGCAUCAACGCGAAGCCUUCGACAACUUCGCCCCGCGACCGUCACCUGCUUCUACUUGGCUCGGUGGCAUCUCUCUGUCCCAUUGCCAUUCAGCCACAGUACUGUGCAGCCAAGCAUGCUGUGCUCGGCUUGUUCAGGACCCUCCGCGCUAGCAGCGGCGUGCAGGGCAUACGCAUCAAUCUGCUUUGUCCUUACUUCAUCGACACGCCCAUUGUGACAGCGGGAGCACGCUUCAUCCUUGCAGGCGGCGCUCUGGGCAAAGUUGAGGAUGUGGUUGAUGCUGGCACGCGCUUUGUAGCCGACUCGCGCAUCCUGGGACGUGCACUCUGCGUAGGGCCAAAGGUACAUGUUCGUCAGAACCCGACAGGCGAAUGGGACUUGACCAUGCCCGAUGACCCUAACAGUAUUGAGACGGCCCUGUUCGAGCCGUAUGCGGACGAGUGGGAGGACCAGGACCAGUGGAACCGCAACUUUGUCAAGAUUCUAAACUCGAUUCAGGCGGGCAGGGGUUGGUUUGGAUGGGCACAAGACAUUGUCAAGGCGACGCUGUACACCCUAGGCAUCGGACGCUGAUUGUUGUUGAGAUGGUACCAAAAGCGAAUGCACAAUGAAGGGCUCGUGUGGUAUGUGGCUUAGCUUCAAUAGCUCUUUAUGGUAUUAUCAUUAGGUGCUUGGGUGGAUCAUGAUUAGCCAAGGAUAGGCUCCAUCGCACCGACUAGGGGAUCAUAAUACAACUACCACUCUUAUAUAUAAUUGCGAGACACUAAAUCUCUGCUAACACCCUUGAAUAUUUAGCAUUACAUACGAAGCUAUUCAUACAUGUUACUCAGCUG